AUGCUUAGAUGUAGGAUAUGGAACGAGCGAAGCAGUGCUUACGUCUGCGCCUUCUGCCGCCACCCCGCCCUGCAGCGGCAGCGUGAUCUCGGUCGACCAAACUACUCCGAUUCGACGAAGCAUGUAUCGACCGGCAGCAGAGGAUUCGCGUCAUGGGGAGGUGGCAAGGGCUCUAUCGGCUCGGGCAUUCCUAGGAAGUCACCCGGUCCGGCCAACGGCUUCGGAUGGGGAGCGUCGGCAUUUGGUGCAGGCACGCCGUCAAAAGCACCGAGCCCCGACGGCCCAGCAGUAGCGGCCCCCGUAGAUCGAAGCAACGACGUCGAUGAUGGGCUUUUACCACACGAGCGCGCCGCGCGCCAAAAGCUAGCCACCCACAAAGCCGCACAGGAGAAGGCCGUGCAGGACAAAGCUGAUGCGACGAGAAAGGCCCAGGAUGCUUUAGGGCAGCCCGACCCGAGACAACGAGGGCCUAAGGGAGGUCUCGGUAGCGGUCUUGGAAGUGGAGGCGUUCGAAGUGGCGCGCAAAGAGGCUUGGGAAGAGGCCUUGAGAGCGUCCCUACAAGUGCAGGAGGAAGAGAGGAAGAAAAGAAGCCGAGGCAGUUUUUCAGUGGCUUAGGAGAUGGCCGUAAAGGAGGCCUUGGAGGUGGCCUUGGAGGAAGCUCUAAAGGUGGCUUGGGAGAUGCCAACACAAAACCGCGAACUCAAGGCGGUCUCGACGAAAGGCCUUCACGUUCAGCACCAAGAUCCGACUGGAGACAUCGUCAUGAUUCAGAUCAAGCCCCGCCAAGCACACCUGUACCGCAUCACCGACGCGCUGAAAGAGAUGGUCUCGGUGGUCUGUCGUCCCAGAGGGACUCGCGUCAGCGGAAUGGUCUCGGCAAGUCAAACGCACUGGGCUCGGGCAGCUGGAGCCAACUCUCAAAGAGGACUCAAGACUCUAGCAUUGAUUCCGAGGGACUUUCGAGAGAGAACUUUUUCACCAAAUUUCAAGAACGGGUGGCCGAAAGCCCCACCCGGAACGACAGAAACCCACGAUCAUCACGCUCAGAACUUGGUGGCUUGAGCGAAGACAUAUCGGGGGACUAUGCACAAGCCGCACCGAACACGUCUCAAAAGCCAGAGUCCAAGACAAGAGAGUUCGAUGAGUCCUACGAGAUCAACCGUGACUCUCGACGACGCGAUAAGACUAGCAACCGUCGCGGGGAUAGUCACGCAUCCUCUCGGGGAUCGCACAAGUCAAAAGGGCAGUCACGGUGGGAGGACGAAAAUGAUGAAUGGGAAGAUGGUGGUAUAAGUCCAGCCGAACGCCGCCGUCAGAAGGCUGAGGCAAAAGCACAAAGAGCUGCGGAAGCUGCAGCAGCUGCAGCAGUCCCGAGUAUCUUCCUGCCUGAGUUCAUCAGCAUAUUAAAUUUGGGCUCAGCGCUGAAGAUGAAGAGUCGCGAGUUUCUGAAGGCUCUGGCAGAAAUGGGCUUCGAGGACAUUACCGAGGACAGCAUCAUGACGGGAGAAACCGCGGCUCUAGUCGCUCAGGAGUUCGGGUUUGAACCAAAAGUUGAUACCGGCGCUGCGAGGGAUCUCAAAUCUCGGCCUCCUCCGGAAGAUGUCUCGGUAUUGCCGCAACGGCCCCCUGUUGUGACCAUCAUGGGCCAUGUCGAUCACGGAAAGACUACGCUCCUCGAUUACCUCAGGCAAUCUUCUAUUGCGGCGCAAGAACACGGCGGUAUCACUCAGCACAUCGGUGCCUUCAUGGUAAAGAUGUCUGAAGGAAAGCUCAUCACCUUCCUCGACACACCUGGUCACGCGGCCUUCUUGACCAUGCGCCAACGUGGUGCCAACGUCACGGAUAUUGUGGUCCUGGUUGUGGCAGCUGACGACAGUGUCAAACCCCAGACUCUGGAGGCUCUGAAGCAUGCCAGAUCCGCAAAGGUGCCAAUGAUCGUGGCCAUCAAUAAGUGUGAUAAGGAAGAUGCGCGCCCGGAUCAGGUCAAGGCAGACCUCGCUCGCCAUGGUGUCGAGAUCGAAGACUUUGGUGGUGACGUACAAGUUGUUUGUGUGAGCGGAAAGACUGGUCAAGGCAUGGCUGAGUUGGAGGAGAACAUUGUCACCUUGGCUGAAAUUCAAGACAUGCGAGCCGAAGCCGAUGGUAUGGCUGAAGCGUGGGUGCUUGAAGCCAGUAUAAAGCCAUAUGGCAAGUCUGCCAACGUGCUCGUCAAGCGUGGCACUCUACGCCUCGGCGACUUCAUUGUCGCAGGCACUGCCUGGGCUAGGGUUCGAGUUUUGCGAAAUGAGGCCGGACAGGAGUUGGACGAGGCGCCACCUGGAACCCCUGUCGAGGUUCUGGGCUGGAGAGACGAGCUACCUGCUGCUGGUGACGAGAUUCUUCAGGCACCCGACGAAGACCGAGCGAGGGUGGCUGUCGACUACCGCGAGGAGAUGCGGGAGAGAGAGGCAUCUUCGAAGCAGUUGGCUGAGCAGGAGCUUCGCGAACGUGAGGCCAAGAUUGCUGCUGAGAUUGCGGCAGAGGUUGAGGCAGCAGAUGGAGAUGCCGUCGAACCGGCUUCAACCACGAAAAUUAUCAAUUUCAUGGUUAGAGGUGACGUCGUGGGCUCCGUCGAAGCUGUAUGCGCGACUAUUAACGAGAUUGGCAACAAUGAAGUGAGGCCUCGUAUCCUCCGGUUUGCGGCUGGCCAGGUUUCCGAGUCAGAUGUUGAGCAUGCUGAGGCGUCGAACAGUGUCAUUGCCAACUUCAACAGUACCGUCCCCGGCCAUGUCAAGGCCAUGGCGGAGCAAAAGGGCGUCAGAAUUAUAGACCACAGCGUCAUCUAUCACUUGGCAGACGAUGUCAAGCAAGUCAUGUCAGAGUCCUUGCCGGAUAAGGUGUCGUCCAAGGUUGUCGGCGAGGCGGAUAUCCUUCAAAUUUUCCCCAUCAACAUCAAAGGACGCAAGUAUAAGAACAUUGCCGGAUGCAAGGUCAGAAACGGUUCGGUCACUCGGUCAACCAUGGCGCGCGUUCUGCGCGGAGGCGAAAAGAUCUUUGAAGGCAAGAUUGAUACUCUCAAGCACGGCAAGAAAGAUGUAAACGAAAUCAGAAAGGGCUCCGAGUGCGGUAUUGCCUUUGACGGAUUUACAGACUUCCAUGUUGGCGAUCAAAUCCAGAUGUACGAAGAGGUGAGGGAGAAGAGGUCUUUGUAA